AUGGCCGACACUCAAACCACGCAGGUGGAUGCAACCCUUGUCCUCGACUCCGGCAGUGCCUGUAUCCCCGAGGCCAACAGUGCCCCUACCGAGAAGCCCGAUGCCAACAGUGCCGUUACCACCGAGAAGCCCGAUGAUGCCGACAGUGCCAUUACCACCGAGAAGCCCCCUUAUGCCGACAGUGCCAUUACCACCGAGAAGCCCGAUGCCACGCAGGCGGGUGCCGGCACGCAGACAGCAGCAGAAGUCGAUGAGUUACCUCAGGCUGCACAGCAGAAGGCUCGUAGCCUUUACGCAGCUGCCCGUGGUUUGGAUGAUGCCACGAUCCAACAGGUGGCUUCGUCUCCCGAGGGUCUCUACUACUGGGUGACCAAAGACCAGGAUGUCACGGCUAGGGGUGCUGGUGCUCAGCAGAUGAAGAGGGCCUUCAAAUGGCGACCCGACAUGGCCGCUGCUUACCAGGUCUUGACCGACAGCAUGAAGCAAGACUUCAGACGUGCCUGGAUGGCGACGAAAAAGUUCGACUUCAUGACCAAUCGUCGUACUACGACUACAAGCUUCCGCAAACGACGGGACGAGGCCGGCAAGUUCGUGACGAGGCUCCAGUUGAUCAACAUCUUGGGUGGCACGCAGGAGCCGGAGGCCGUGCAGCAGGGCGACCGGUACAUUGCUAUGUGCCGGCAGCCAUCCUUGAAGGAGUAUUGCAUCCAGUAUAACGACUGGCUGGGUGCAGAGACCUUCUUUUGGGUCGAGGUCUUGAUGACUUCCUCCAACACCCAAGAGUGGACCAACACUAUUACAGUUGAAUCUACGGACACAAUCUCCGACAGCCUUGCCGCAAAGGUUGUGGCUUGCAAAGCUAUGAGGGCCUACGCAAACCACCACAAGAAGCAGCUUCAGGAGGUGUCGGAGGACGAUGUUGCUUCGAGCUCUUUGGGCCUGAAAGGCUGGGCUGAGCUCUACGACGGCCUGCCUCAGGAAGCCUUGAAAAGUUUCCCGAAAUGUGACGGCUCCAACAACCAGCCCUUCAAGGACACCGGGGACGCUGCUGUUCAAAAAGCCAAGCGAGCCAAAGUGGCUGCAGCCGAGGUGCCUGCAACCACAGAUGGUCUUCUUCCUGCACAGGAAGAGGACAAUAAGUCUUCAUCUGGGAAGAGCAAGGUGAAGAAGGACCAGACAGCUUCCAGAAAGGAGAAGGAAAUCAAGGAGUUCUUGGCUAUGGAGCAGAGCUCGGAUGUGGCUAUGAGUCGUGUGAUGGGCGAGAUGAGCAAGAAUGCUGAUGGGUGGUCUUGGGCUACCGACCUCAUCGGGACUUACAAGCAGCACCGCACAGAGGUCUUGAAGCUCUACGCCGCCAACGUUGAAUUCCAAUCCCUCAAGAUUGCAGCCUUGAGCCCCAGGGAAUCCCAGAAGCUCAAGAAGGAGUUCGGCGAGUCGUAUGUCAGCAAGCUUGUGGAGUUUGUGACCGUCCUGGGCCCGGCCAUCGAGAAGAUGUCUCAGUGUGCCUUCCAGGUGCAGGAGAUGGCAUCGGCUAAGGAUGCGGCUACGAAGGCUGCUUCGGCUCCGAAACCCAAGGCUAAGGCCAAAUCUAAGAGCAAGCUCCGGCGAUCGGGUUCGGCUAAGUCGCUGCCCUCUGUCUAA